CAGUUGUUUGAGGAGGGGUCUUCCUGACUGAGCUGCUUUGUACUACCUGGAAGUUUGCUACACGCUGUUGUGGUAGAGCCUUGCAGCACCAUCCCAACAUGAAGUACGAUGCUUAAGCUCAGCAGAAUGGCGUUCAACGCCAUGGCUUUCUACAUUGGCGAGUAUAUCAAGAAGGCAUACAGAGACCCCUCCGGCGACCGUGGCUUGUCAAUCUUUACCCGUCACUCUAGCAGUCUUCCAUGUUAUACGAUCUCCGGAUACCUCCCCCACACUCAAACUCGAAGGAAGCCCCUUGCAGCUGCAGCUGAAGCAAUCUUCCAUCAAAGGCGGACAUGAAAAGACCAAAGAGUACAUCUACAACGACCGGUAAACGCAAACCACCGCACACAGACCUCCCUGCCCCUUUCCCAGCAAACAAUAUUGCGCCUAUGGGUGCUCGAAUAUUCCUGCCAGCUCACACUACUCCGCGUCCUAUUAUUCGACAUCCAACAUCCACUUCUCUACAUCGUCGGCACGCCCACUCCCACCACUACUCUCCCGCUCCUUAUCUUCAUCCUCGGCCUCUCUCUUAUCCUCAUCGGUCCUCUGCUCAUACCUCUUGUAAACUACAUCUCCGCACGGCGGGCAGAAACCCUCAAUCUUAUAUGGAAAGUACUUCUUGUAGUAGGGGCAGUGGCUCACAUCGGGAUGGGCCUUCGCGAAGGCACAUUUUUCACGGUCUUCGGCCGCGGGUGAGUGGCCGCAGCCGCGGUAGUGCGCGUGUGCGUGGUAGCACAUGGCGAUCUGUGAUGGUAGAUAGUGUUGGCUUAGAGACGUGGUGUCGUCGUGUGAGAGGUUGUGAGGAGAGGCUUAGAUAUGGGAGCGAGGUUGGAGAUAUAUGGUGGGAAGAUAUACGGGUUAGAUUGGGAAGUAGAAGGUGAUGGAGCGCAUUUGAAGGAGCUGAUGUGGUAGUAGGGCAGUGAAUGGUAGGGGAUCGCAGAACUGUUGACUUCGUUAAGGGUGACGAACGGCUACCACGCCCCGCUUCA